UUUGCUCUCUGUUUGUCUCCAUGGCUUCGAUAAACUCCGUAGCUAGUACAAACUAUGUUUCGCGCUCUAUCAAGGCAUAUUCCAAAAGCUUUGACCAUUUGAAAGGUGGGUUUUCUCCUGGAAAUACGAUUUUGCCCGGGAGGAACGCGCGAGGUGACCUUCGAGAAAUGGCCGUCACGACGAACGCCGCGAACCAGGUCCCAAUCGUCUCUCAACUGUUGCCAGGGAAAGAGGCCACGGGCGACAGGAAUCACAUCGCAUGGAUGAGUGUCCGGCAACACCGGUGGGAGGGUGAGCUGGCAGUCGAAGGAGAGAUACCUCUCUGGCUGAACGGAACUUAUCUAAGGAAUGGUGCCGGUCUAUGGCACGUCGGAGACCACAACUUCCACCACCUCUUUGAUGGCUUCGGCAUGGUGGUAAAGCUGCAGUUUGAGAACGGAAGAUUAACUGCCGGCCACCGCCAGGUCGAGUCGGAAGCAUACAAGGCCGCGAUGAAGCAUAAUAAGCUAAUCUACCAAGAAUUCUCCGAGGUCCCUAAGGAAGCUAAUUUCCUAUCCUACAUUGGCAAACUUGUUGGCUUGUUCUCCGCGCCAUCGUUGACCGAUAAUGCCAACAUAUCAGUCAUCAAGCUUGGAGAUGGACAGGUGGUUUGCCUCACUGAGACGCAAAAGGGGUCGAUAAGGAUCGACCCGACCACGCUCGAGACCUUAGGGAAGUUCGAGUACACGGACUCCGUAGGGGGUCUGUUGCAAUCCGCUCAUCCGAUCGUGACUGAGACAGAACUUACGACGGUGUUGCCCGAACUGAUCAACCCAGGGUACUUGGUGGUGAGGAUGGAGAGGGGAUCGAGUGAUCGGAAGGUGAUCGGGAGGGUGGAGUGCCGGGGCGGCCCCACGGCUGGUUGGGUACACUCGUUCGCCGUUACCGAGCACUACAUCGUCGUGCCGGAGAUGCCCUUGAGGUACAGCGUGAGAAGCCUCCUCGUGGCUGAGCCCAAUCCGUUGUACGUGUUCGAGUGGCUUCCAGAAUCCAAAGCGUUCGUGCAUGUGAUGUGUAAAGCCAGUGGCAAAACCGUGACGAGUGUGGAGGUUCCUUUGUACAUGACACUACACUUUAUUAAUGCAUACGAAGACACGGACGAAGACGGGCGAAUUGUGGCCGUGACCGCCGAUUGUUGCGAGUAUUAUGGGGACGCAACGAUUCUCAACAAGCUCACCCUCCAAAACCUUCGUUCCUUUGCAGGCCACGACAAAGUGCCUGAAAUUAGGGUUGGGAGGUUCACAAUACCAUUAGAUGGGAGUCCAUACGGGAGGUUGGAGACAGCGUUGGACCCAGAUGAACAUGGGAGAGGCAUUGACAUGUGCAGCAUCAACCCUGCCUUUUUGGGCAAAAAUUACAGAUUUGUUUAUGCUUGUGGGGCCCAACGCCCUUGCAAUUCCCUCAACACCCUCACCAAGGUCGAUCUAGCGAAGAAGAAGGCAAAGAAUUGGCACCAAGAUGGGGCCGUGCCCUCGGAACCAUUCUUUGUCGCAAGGCCAGGAGCGACCGAGGAAGAUGAUGGUGUGGUGAUCUCAAUGAUUAGUGAGGAAAAUGGAGGUGGGUAUGCAUUGCUGCUUGAUGGCUCCACCUUUGAGGAGAUUGCUAGAGCAAGGUUGCCCUAUGGCCUUCCUUAUGGCUUCCAUGGUUGCUGGAUCCCCAAGAAUUAAAGAUCUUCCAUGAGGGUAUUGGUUAAUAAGUGAGAGCAUGUAAAGCUUGAGAUCUAUGGAACGAUUCUUGCUGGUGUUGAUGCAG